CUUUCCAGGACCCUUUGAACUCUAUGAUUCUAUGAUCUUCCAUAACGAUCUUCAGAGUACAUAAUAAUAUAAUUCAACUCAAAAGAACUAUUUUUUCCAUUUCGAGGAAAAAUAGGAUGUUGAUCUCCACUCGUGCUUAUUGCAUAUUGUGCUGCCGUGUCAGCAAAGGCUGUUCCCACAUUAGGCAUGGGGAUGGGCAGGGGACGAAAAAGGGACAUCUCUCAAAAGGCGCACCUGCUUCUCCCUGUCAAAUGUCGAAAGGUAACUGGAGCUCAUUGGGGCUCUGCAACGACCAUGUAUCAUCGCAUGACAACGGAUGACCCCUUUCCAAAGACGACCGCCUCCUUUUGCAAAAUGAACAGCCGCAGAUCUGCCUCACCCUCCGUCCAAGAGUUGGAGCAUGUGAUGGACAGCUGCAGGAUGGAAUUAAAUGAGAUAGAUGAAGUGUGGCCCAAUCUUUAUAUAGGCAACAUCACGGCGGCACACAACAAGGAAGAGCUAAGGAAACGGGGUAUCACUCACAUACUGAAUGCCGCACACGCUGCCUGGGGAAGCAAAGGAAACCCAACGUUCUACGGACCAGAGUUCCAUUACUAUGGAAUAGCAGCAGAAGACUCCCCUGACUUUGACCUCAGUGUACAUUUCCGCCCUGCCUCCGAAUUCAUCACCAAAGCCCUAAGUGUACCAAACGGAAAGAUCUUGGUCCACUGCAUUCUAGGCAGAAGCAGAUCAGCAGCCCUGGUUCUGGCUUACCUCAUGAUCUGUCAGAAUUUCUCCCUGGCUGAUGCCGUCAGAAAGGUCCUGCAGAAUCGAGCCAUCUCCCCGAACCGAGGGUUCCUGAAACAGCUGCAAGACUUAGAUCUGGAGCUACGGUACAAGAUCAGGCUGUGUCGGCUUCUGUAACGUGAAGAAAGCAAAACGGCAAAGUGACAACAUCUGACAGAGAACUCGGUUUCCGCUGCCAAUCUCAGCAAUUAAGCUUGAGGCUGCGUUAUUAAUCUUGACAGGAAUUUUGAAUGCUUAGUUUGGGAGCGGACCUUGACAUCUAGAACAUCUAGAUGCUGGUUAGGUGCUUGAAUUUUCUGGAUCUCUUUAAGGGAGAUUGAAUUUGAAGCUUAUAAGAUUGAGAAGGGGCCACAGUGCCCCCAUAGAGCAUCUCACAUCAGUGGCGUAGCGUGGGGGGUGCCGGGGGGGCCGGCCGCACCGGGCGCAACAUCUGGGGUUAGGGCAAAUCCACAGGUUAGGG